UAAAUACAGCUCAUCAUGCCUAGCCAAUCACCAGAUCUGAUCAGUGCUCUACUAGAUCAUCACUCUGCAGACCAACCGAAGCUUUCUUCCAGAUCAUCACUCGUCCGAGGCCAAGAAUCUGUCAUGAUGCGUUUUUUCAUUUCCCUUCUGUUGGUGGCUGUUGCCACUGCCGAACUGGCCCCUCUGUUGGAGAACUCUGAGCCUAUCCCAGGAAAGUACAUCAUCAAGCUGAAUGAAGAAUUCGAUGUUGAUGAAAUGGCCGCUACCGUUCGUCUCUCCGGCGGAAAGGUUGGUAACAUUAUGAGAGACGCCAUAUAUGGAUUCGCUGCCGAGCUCGAAGAUGAUAUCCUCGAUAUUGUCCGCAGACUUCCCGCCGUUGAGUAUGUUGAACAAGAUGGUGUCUACCGUGCUCAAGUCACAUGGGGCCUGGAUCGUGUCGACCAAAGAAGUCUUCCACUGAACAACAAAUAUUCAUCACAUAACGGAGCUGGGAGUGGGAAAACUGUUUAUGUAAUCGACACCGGCGUUAGGGCGACCCACAAUGACUUCAGUGGUCGUGCGCAGCAAGUGGCAAACUAUGCUGGCGGAGAUAACACCGAUUGCAACGGACAUGGAACUCACUGCGCUGGAACGGUCGGCUCCAAUACCUACGGUGUUGCCAAAUCAGUCCAAAUCAGGGGAGUCAAGGUUCUGAACUGUGUGGGUUCUGGCAGCAACAGUGGUGUCAUCAGUGGGAUCAAUUAUGUAAUAGAUGCUGCAAGGUGGAAUUCGAAUCUUAUUGCCUCAAUGUCUCUUGGAGGAGGCGCUUCAACUUCCCUGGACAACGCCGUCAAGAACAUGGUCAGUGCAGGAGUUCCAACUGCCGUGGCCGCUGGUAAUGACAACGCGAAUGCUUGCAAUUAUUCUCCAGCUCGUGCUUCUACCGCGAUCACUGUUGGAGCUACGGACAGCAACGAUAAGCGUUCCUCCUUCUCCAACUACGGAAGCUGCCUAGACAUCUUUGCUCCUGGUACUUCCAUCACCUCCACUUGGUAUACUACUAACAGUGCUACCAAAACAAUCAGCGGAACCUCCAUGGCCUGCCCACACGUUGCUGGUGCCCUUGCUUGCUACGGAUCCAGUUCAAAUAUGCUGGCAAACACUUCCAACUACAAGAUUUCUAACACAGGAAGUGGAAGUCCCAACAAGCUCCUCUACGUCUAGGUGGUGACGCUGGCCGGGCCCCUAAAGCAGAGAUAAAAAAAAAAAGUGUGUAACAGAUAACACAUAAUUGCGUUUGAUUCCUUUUUCAAAUCAUCAUCUACUUCUAAUUAUUCCUGAAGUGCGUAUUGGAGACUCAAUUGUGUGUAACAACGUCACAUUUUCUUUCGCCUUGCAGAUGAUAACCUCAAAAAGAAUGUAAUAUGAUUUUUAAUUGUAUUGGAUAGAAAUACAAGAACGACGUGUAUUAUUGGUAUUUAAAGUCAUAAAACACAUUCUAAAAGUGCCAUUAAAAUAUCGAAUUCUUUACCGAAUAAAAUUUCAAUUGAACCCUA